CUCAUUGGCUCCGCCCUACGGACACGCAUCUCUGCUCGCUGUAUUUAAUGUUGCCUACUCCGUCGUAGCAGCAGUUCUAGCUAGCUACGUGAGUCGAAACAACAGCUGGUCGCCACACUGUAGAUGGCAACAACAGACACUUCGCUGGUUAAAAGGAAUCGAGAAGAAAGUCGCGUCGUUUGUUCUUGCAAAUGCGAUAGGCGCGAUGUGAGCACACAGACCGAUACCAAAGUACGAGGUCAUGGACCCCGACUUUCCAAAGUCAAUCUGUUCACCCUGCUGAGCCUUUGGAUGGAACUUUUCCCCAGGAAUAAACCCCAACUGAAAAAUGCAACCGCACAACCACGAGUCACGGGUCUGGUGGUGGUCCAGGACCGCAACGUGAUUGGCCUGCACUGCUCCAGUGCCGAGCUGCACGUGGGCCAGGUGGCGGUCAUCAAACAUGGCCGGAGGCUGAAGGGCUGUGACCUGUAUUUCUCCAGGAAGCCCUGCGCCACCUGUCUGAAGAUGAUCGUCAACGCCGGUGUGAACCGGGUGUCCUACUGGCCCGGCGACCCCGAGCUCAGCCUGCUGUUGCUUAGCGACGACGGCGGCGGCGGCGGCGGCGGCAAGAGCGGCGCGGCCGACGGGCAGGCGCGGGCCGUCCCCGACGACGCCGAGCUGGACGCCAAGGCGGCCGAGCGCCUGAAGUCCAACAGCCGCACGCACGUGUGCGUGCUGCUGCAGCCGCUGCCCGGGGACAUGCAGCAGUUCGCGGCCGAGACGUCGGCCGGCGGCGACUUCCUGGAGCGCGUGGCGGAGGACGGCGGCGGGCUGGACGUGGCGGAGCUGUUCGCCGCCCAGCGCGAGCGGCGCCUGGAGGACCUCACCGCCGCCUUCUUCGUCCCGGACAAGGGCCUGCACCGGGGCGUCCUGCGGCGGAUGGGCCUGGAGACCUUCUGCACGGAGCCCUCCUUCAGCAACCUGCGGCAGCACAUGCGGGACCUGAUCGGGGUGCUGGCCUCGGUCGCCUCCAGCGUCCCGGACCCCCGGAUGGGGUACGGCUUCCACGCGCAGGACCGCGCGGAAGGGCCCGGGCUGGGGCUACCCCAGGACGUCUCCCGGCACUGCAUCGUACAGGCCCGGCUGCUGGCCUACAGGACGGAGGACCCGAAAGUUGGAGUGGGUGCUGUGAUCUGGGCCGAAGGGAAGUCUGAUCGCUGUGACGGGACGGGGCGCAUGUACCUGGUGGGGUGCGGCUACAACGCCUAUCCAGCGGGUUCGGAGUACGCCGAGUUCCCCCAGAUGGACACCACGCAGGAGGACCGUCAGAACAGGAAGUACAGAUACAUCCUCCACGCGGAGCAGAGCGCGCUCAUAUUCAGGUGUGCAGAGAUCAAGGAGGACGAGAACACGAUGCUGUUCGUCACAAAAUGUCCGUGCGACGAGUGUGUCCCCCUGAUAGUGGCCGCUGGAAUCAAACAGGUGUACACCACGGACCUGGACAGCGGCAAAGACAAACACGACAUCUCCUACCUCAAGUUUGAUCGCCUCCAGGGGGUGCAGAAAUUCGUAUGGCAAAGAAAUACGCAAGCUGGAGAUGUUUCAGAACUACCCAAACAUCCGUUAUCAAAUGGUUGUGUCCGGAACUGUGAGACUACUGCUGAAGAGGGUCACUGCACUAAGAAACCUCGCUUUUAAAGGAAUGGUGAGCAGGCUCCAGGAAGAUUGUGGAGGGGGGGGGGGGGUCAGCGGUUUCCUGGUUAGUGCUCCUGACCCCCCUGUGCAUUUAAAAAUAAAUAAAUAAAGAAUAGAACUUACCUCCUUCCAUGAAGAAUAUUCCCAAUCACAGAAGAGAGCUGGAGAGAGGAGAGGAAGAGACUGUGAACACAAGAGGGGCUCCGGUCUAACUGCCUGCUGAGGACCACCUGUGUGCGAUUGGGGAUCCAUUCAUACACUAAACCUGAUAUCUGUGCUGUCCAGUUUCUUCCAUAGUACGUUUUAUUUUGAGCAUGGCUGAGUGAAAGGUACAUAACGGUGUUUUAAUAUAAUUUUAAAAGUGUGUGGAAAAUGUGAUUAUGUAAAAGUAUUUAAUUGAAUCGUCGCCAUUUUUAUUGAGUGUGCUAAUGGCGAACUGCGUUUGUGUCUGUCCUGAAAGGGGUUUUGGUGAAGUUGGGAGAUGUGUGUGUGUGUGUGUGUGUGGGUGAUGGGGAAGGCCAUGCUUUUGGACAAGUAUUUUACACCCUGGAAAUGCCAAGAACUGUAGUUAAAAUGGACCAAGUUGUGAUUUGUUCAUCACCUCUGUGGUAUUUUCACCGAAAGAAAUCUCUGUUCAUUUUCAACUGUUGACGCCCAAGCGCUACUGAGAAGGGAAAUGCUUGAGUGAGUGUGACUGACUGACUGACUGACCGACUGUCUGAUAAUCUCUGCACUUUGGCCGCAUGGACAAUAAAAAACAUGAUAGUUCAAAAACACA